GACUGUACUACAUGACCUUGAACCGAACAUCGCGCAUUGCAUAUCUUAGAGUUCGAACAAAAGAUAUGUUGAGUCUGCGGGCGUUACGUUUUCUGGUUAACAGGCAUUUCAAUAAUAUGUUGGUUGAUGUGUUUAUAUGGCUUGUGUUCUCAAGGCCGAAUGACCCUCCUGACAGUUUCGUUUAUCGUAUGUGAUUUAUUUGUCGGGGCUUCCUUCACCUUGCUUGUGCAUACUCUGGGCCGGUUUCCACUGUUGGUGCACUAAAAUGUAUCAUGAUGCUACAGAUCAUCGAUGACCGCCUAGCCAUGUCUAGCUUUCAACACGUUUUUGUUGGAAGCAGUUGUACAGGUCAAUAGCUUGAUGGAAUACGCCGAAACUAUCCGUUCUUUGUUCUCAUUGGCACCAUUCAUCGGCGACGCUGACCAAUCCACUCCCACUGCCGUGACAGACGCUCAGCUGUUUCCCUUCAUUCUGAACCCUGCGGUGACUUCGGCUUCUGCUUCAAAAUCCCCACUAUCUGUUCAAACAACGAGUCCUUUCCCUGGCUCUGCGAAACAUUCCAUGAAUGAAAUCGCUGCGUUUCUAGAUUCCUCAACGCAUGUUUCUGCAAGUUCAAUGCACAGUAAAACUUGCGAUGUCACCGGAACUUCGUCUAAUGGAAAUCCGACCUCUUCACUGAUCGCCUCAAUAGUCAAUCGCGGUAUGGCUCCAAACCCAGCCACUGUUACCUCUGUCAUUGUUUCCUCUCAAGCAACGAACGUCGCUCCGCCUCCUCUCCGGUCCCCAUCUACGAAUACCGUGUCUGUCAACGGCUGUCCAAAUUUAUUGGAAAAUUCGAUUUUGAGCAGUCAGCUAUCGUCUUCUCAGAGGACUACGAACCCAGUUGCUGCGCUAUCGGCAUCGAGUUGUGGAACACCGUCCACAUCCUCCGGUCUUCUCGUUUCUUCUGGUGGACCUACCGUUCCGCGUUUUGUGAUCCACAAACCUAAUGCUUCUCACGGUUCAUCGACGGCUGGCACUACGGUCACCGAUUCGUACCCUGUGACUCUUAUCGCAGCGCCUAUCAAAACUUUCUCUAUUGAUGCAGUACCAUCGACUGCGGUCGCGCCGCUGCCAUCGGAUGCUUCAGGUUGUAACCAGCCACUUACGCCUAAUUUACCGAAAGCCAAAUUGAUGACUCCGCCCAACCCAUCUAGCGUCCGUUUCCUUUCUCCUCCAUCUUCAAAACCCGCCGCAUCUACCACCUCCACGAGUCUGCUCCAAACCAACGCCCUAACAGCCUUACAGCCGAUCGGUUCUCCUUUGAAAACAGUGGGGAUAAGUGGACCCGUCGGUAUCUGGUCGGGAGUAGAUAACACACCUGCUGUUCAGCCAUCACGUCUUCUCGCCGUUCAAUCGUCGCAUCCACUCCUAGUUCAAUCACCCUCCGAUGCGGGUACAUCAUCUCUGUUGGAAGACUUCUCAUUGGCCCUAAGUCAAGCUGCUUCUCAUCCUACUGCCACUACAACUUCUUCGGUGGUGUAUGCGAGCUGUCCACUGUCAGAAUCUGCUCCCACAGUCCUUGCGUUUAGCUUGACAACUACCACUCCCAUGAGUGUAUCUGGGGCCAGUCUUGUUAGCAAGUCGACUACUCAACAUGCUCCUGCGGCAUCGUUGGUUUUGCGAGCAACCUGCAGUCCAACCGUGACAGUUUCUCCGUUGCUAUCUGCAACGACUUCGACUGCACACUACACUCCAGCCUCGCUUCUGAAACCUUUCAACUUUUCCCUGACUGGAUCUCCUGGGCCCGGUCCGAAUGUAUCAUGUACUUCGGCGCUUUCAACCACCUCAACCACACCCUCCCUUGCUGUCCCUAUUCACAUUGCGCCCGCCAGGCUUCCCGCCGUUCAGCCUGCCCAAUCCUCGAAUACUUCAACCAACCGCUCUCAUCUAUCUCCAACAUUUUCCACUAUACCUAUUCAUCGUCAUGCACCCAGUUCAUUGUUUUCGCAACCAAAUCGCCGACGUGCGCGGAAACAGCAGUUGGCUUGCGCAUUAACCAACUCUGCGAUGCCCACUCCCAUAGGAUCUGUUAACCCCGUAUCCAACGCAAAUGUGUCUGCCGCCUCCACUGUGUCAAGCAUCCCGAUCGCCCAACUGGCGUCGGCAGCAAAUCGCAACACAUUGGCGACCCCGUCCAAUAUCGUCACUAUUGCGAGACCCGCACAGUCACAACUCUCUGUUCAAUCAAAGCAUAUUUCAACGGCAUCCCACAAUGUACUCUCGUUCCCCUUGUCUCCAAAACACGGAAGUGGCGAGUUAGCUGUUAAAGUCGCAUGUUCUGUUGGGCUCCCGGUAGUGCCAACGAUUAAUGGAACGAGCUCUCAUCUGAGUACUCCAGCUGGAUUUGUUGGUAUCCGUCUUCUCUCAGUUCGACCCAGUCCUGUUCCCGCAAGCGUUCAUUCAUGUUCUCUGCCUGUCAUUUCGAGCUCGUCGCCACCGAACAGCCUAUUAACACCACGUGCGAGUGUGAAUGUCAACACGGAACCCACUCCACUCGUUGUAGUCGCCCCGACACCCGUCUCUUCCGUUUGUCCGCAACAGGUUCGCAUUGUGAAUUCUCAUCAUACUUCAUCAUCGGAUGUUCACCCAUCAGCAACGGCCACCGUUUAUGUACUGACCUCUUCCGCUUAUCCCGUCGCUUCCAGUGGUUCUUCAUCUACAGUUACAGUCACACAAAACACUGCAUUUGCUUCAGCAUCUACUGAUAGCCGCUCGGCUACUGUCGUCUCAUCAUCCCCCUACACCACUGCCGUUAUGCUUCCGAGUGGAGAGACCGGUGGUGUGUUUCAAGUUCGACUGAGGCCCCCUUUCUCGCACACCGCAUUUGCUUCCAGCACUCCUACUCCGACCUUUGCUCCAUUUAUGCUCGACUCUACUACAAACCGUCCCACUUGUCAGCUUGUUCGACCAACUUUUCACACCAAUCAACACCCAAGUGCGGUUGCCAGUUUUAGCCCUCCCGUAACAGAGACUCUUAUUCAGCCGAAGCCUUCCUUGGAUGCUGUCAUGUCCCCUCCAACUGCCCCUCGAGGAUGCCCAUCAACGAGCAGCACUUCUUUGCUGCAUCGACAUUUGCUCUCUCCACAGAAUCCUAUUCACACCGAACUGUUUUUGGAUCGCAGCUAUCCUACAGUAGCGCGGGAGUGUGCAGAUGACUCGUCUUGUCACAAAGACACACAACCCAAUCAGACUGCCUUCGAAGCUGAAAUCGCAUCGCGCACACAGAAUAAUUCCUUGAAAAAUGGGAGCUCUGAUCCACCAUCUGAAGGCGCUGUUAAUGAUAAGCAGCAUUUACCACCAUUUAUGUCAUCUCAUUUGCGCUCUCAGGAUCUCAUUACUACUUCUGCGUCAGCACACCCCAUUGUUGGGGAGCAAGAGAAAAUUUCAAACGAACCUCCUUCAAAACGCCUUAAGGUUGAUAGCAGUCUUGGAAGCCCCAUUCUUGAAAACGUGAUGCAUCCUCCAGAUAGCAGCAAAUCCGACGUCUUAUCAGUUGUUGAUCCUUCCACGGGUUUACAUUGGAUCAUCAGGGGGAUGCCCACAAGACCGUCCAUCAUGUCGAAAUCAUCAUCGCGUGGUGGGACUAUUUGGAGGGCCAAGUCAUCACAUUUUCUGAGUCCUCUGGAAAUCCGCCCGAAAUGUGAAUCAAGAUUCGAUCGAACAUGUUACCUUCGCACAGGGGCUUUCCCUAAAUCUUCUCUCAUAGAACGAGGUACAUCCCUAUUAUCUUCCGUCAGCCGUCGCCGUCGGGCUUCGGUACAGCAGGCGGCCGGUGAUGCAAUGUCCGAAGUCGCCCCUGCGUCCCAUAUUUCCGCUAUUCGACGGCGCCUGCUUCUUGAUCUAUUUUCCUUGAUGUCUAGACAAAAGGAACUGCAAGUUGUCCGAUUCCCUUUAUCUUCGUCGUCCGUUCUGAGCGUUACUGGUUGCCGCGCCCUCACUUGUGCGAACAACUUGGAUUUGCUGCUUUACUCGGAACGUCAGUCGCUCUUGUCACUGGGAGCACUUGUUUCUAGUUUGGAUUCCGUCCUUCACCAUAGCCCUUGCUCCGUGGCGACGUCUGUGUCUAAUCGGGGACAGCUUAUACCGUUGUCAUUACGGCAGCCAUCUCGAAGUCCCUUGCCGAGCGGUAUCAUUUCAAACACUACUGUUGAACCGAAAGAAGUCUGGGAACUCGUAGCCUCGACGAUCAAUGCCCCUUCCGUAAUGUCAAUUAACUGCAUGGACGACGAACUUCGGAAAGGUCUUGAAGAGGCAGUUGACCUCUGCAAGGGAAUAUCACAGCGAAAAUCUCUGUUACUCCAAUCCAUUCGUCAUCUGCAACUUCUGACAACUGAAAUGGUGGAACAUUUUCGCGCGGAUGCGAUUCAGUGCUUGCGUGAUUUGGAUGAACAAUUCUCCAUUGCCACACCUACUAAAUCUGAUGUUGUCGACUCUGACUUUAGACCCGGAUCGGCCUCUUACAGGCGGUCUGCCCGAACAUCUUCAACUGUCCUGAGUACCGUUGAACGGCUGCAGAUCUACGACACUAGACAUUCCACAUAUACUAUUGAGGAUAGUACAUCUCUCGGAGUGUCUCACUGUAAGGAGACGUUGCACGAUGGUGCUGCGUGAGGAUGUCGCCAGUGAACCCUUUUUAUAUUUGUUUAUCUCUCACGCCCUACCCGAGAUCGCCCACAGCUCUAAGCAAAUACGUGGACUACUUUGCGAAGAUCAGGCGCUAUGGACAAUAAGCAACAGCAUAUAUAGCCUUUUAUCGUGCAUACUGACGCGCUGUAAAACAGAUUUUGUACAUAACUUUAUUUUCUGACACUUGAGGACCUUUCUGGCUCUCUCGAAUGCCACUCCUUACGUCUCCCACUUUGACCAUUUCUCAUUUGUGUAUUUUCUCCUUUUGCUUUAUCCGUGCAUCAUCCAUUUUGUAAGUUAUCCCAAGUUUCUCACCACUUUCGUUAUCCACGAUUUUGAGCCCUGUUCUUUUUCCUGCUGCAGAUGUACAUAACCAUUGAUUUAAAUACCUCAUUUGAUGAUGUCUAAAUGCAGUAUGCACUGUUGCGUUACUCCUUGUUCGUUUUCCCAAUUGCUACCCGUCUUUAUGCUGUUUUUUAAGCUCUCCACCGGUAUCCUUUCUGAGCCCCUUUUAUACGUCGAAGUAAACUAGGCCCUCAUUUUUCGUGCCCAUUCAUUCUUAUCAGCCAUAGAAUUAUUUUUCCUUG